AUGUUGCGUCCGUACGUUAUCCUGUAUGUUGUGGGCAGCACUAUCAUCGCACAGGCCUUCGCGACGCAGAUAAACCAGCCUCCACCGAUAUCUCAAGAAGGAUAUCAUAAUAGAACGAAGAGACCAAACUUCGUCAUGAUCAUGACCGACGAUCAAGAUCUACAUCUGAACUCGCUGGAUUAUCAACCUGCCGUUCUGAAGCAUUUUAGAGACAAGGGAACUUUCUACUCUAAGCAUUUUGUCACCAUGGCGCAAUGUUGCCCCUCCCGUGUCUCUCUUUGGACUGGUAUGGCUGGUCACAACACCAAUGUGACUGAUAUCCAGCCGCCCUUCGGUGGUUACCCAAAGUUCAUCCAAGAAGGACUCAACGACCGCUAUCUGCCUGUGUGGCUCCAGCAAGCGGGCUAUAACACCUACUACACUGGAAAGUUAAUGAAUGCUCAUAGUACUUCAACUUGGAACAAGCCGUUCCCCAAGGGCUGGACUGGUUCGGAUUUUCUGCUUGAUCCCUACACAUACAACUACAACAAUGCAACCUUGCAGCGAAAUCAAGAUCCACCUAGGAGCUACCCCGGUAAUUAUUCUACAGAUCUGAUUUCAUCGAAAGCCCUUGGGUUCUUGGAAGAUGCUGCGUCUUCAGAUGCUCCAUUCUUUCUCGGUGUGAUGCCCAUCGGACCACAUGCUGAAACAGUCCAACCUACUUCGCCAGGUGCUUUGCCGACCUUCAACCCACCAGUGCCAGCACUGCAUCACAAAGAUUUAUACCACGGGGUAAAGGUACCUCGUACUGACAACUUCAAUCCAAACAAGACUAGUGGUGCAAGCUUCAUCGCGGAGCUGCCACAACAGAACAGCACUGUUGUAGAGUAUAAUGACGAGUAUUAUCGUCUCCGUCUUGCUACUUUAGCAGCAGUGGAUGAUCUUGUUGAUGCUAUGUUCGAGAGACUGGAAGCCAUGGGCCUUCUUGACAACACUUACGUCAUCUACACUAGCGACAACGGUUAUCACAUCGGUCAGCACAGACUACCUCCUGGAAAGGCUUGUGCCAUAGAAGAAGAUAUCGGCGUUCCGAUGUUUAUUCGAGGCCCUGGUGUGCCAGAGGGCGCGACUGUCGAUUCGCCAACCACUCACACAGACAUCGUACCAACUCUAUUCUCUCUCGCAAGGAUACCUCUCCUCAAGCAAUUUGACGGAACUCCAAUGCCGAUCACUGAGAAAGACUAUGCUAACGUACGCCAUGAGCACGUUAAUAUCGAAUUCUGGGGCGAGAACCUGGACGAAGGCAUGUACAGUUCGCCUGUACCUCGAGCAAACAAUACUUACAAGUCCUUACGCGUCGUGGCCAAUGACUACGAUCUGUCCUAUACUGUUUGGUGUACUGGUGAACAUGAACUCUAUGAUAUGAAGACCGACCCGUCACAGAUGAACAACCUCUGGAAUACCAACAUUGCUAGCAACGGUCUUGACAUCCAAAGGCUCUGGAUCCGCCUAGAUACCCUGCUCAUGGUCACAAAGUCGUGCAAGGGCGAGGUCUGCACAAAACCCUGGCCCUUGAUCCACCCACGGGGCGAUGUGCAAUCGCUUAGGGAGGCUAUGAACCCGGAGUUCGACGAGUUCUAUGCCAAUCAGCAUAAAAUCAGAUAUGAUGCUUGUGCGUUAGGCUACUUUCCUAGUCUCGAGGGUCCCCAGCAUGUCCUGCCAUACGUUGAUGAUAGUUAUAGUUAUAUGCAGGGCAGCCACUGGAGCGACUGGACAUAA